AUGCCUCACUCAUUCGGUCUCAGAGCUCGUACCCGUUACACCUUCCAACGUGGCUUCAGAGAGCAUGGUCAAAUUCGUUUGUCCACUUACUUGAAGACCUACAAGGUUGGUGACAUCGUCGACAUUAAGGCUAAUGGUGCCGUCCAAAAGGGUAUGCCUCACAAGUACUACCAUGGUAAGACUGGUAUCGUCUACAACGUUACUCAAUCUUCCGUCGGUGUCUUGAUCUACAAGAUCGUUGGCAACCGUUACAUGGAGAAGCGCGUCAACGUCCGUAUUGAGCACGUUAAGCACUCCAAGUGCCGUCAAGAUUUCUUGAACCGUGUCAAGCUCAACGAGCAAAAGCGUAAGGAGGCUAAGACUGAAGGUAAGACUGUCCAACUCCGUCGUCAACCUACUCCUCCCGUCAAGGCCCACUUUGUUGCUACUGAACAAAACAAGCCCAUCACUCUUCAUCCUGCUCCUUAUGAUACUUUCAUCUAG